UGACCAGUUUGUGCCCCUAAAUAUGUCAUGGUUACCAUUGACAUUGAUAUGACAGUUUUCAAUAAUCUCAACAUUCAUGAUAAUUUUGUCUGGAGCUUGGAUAUGUACUGUGGUACUCUGCAGAUUACGAGCGCUGAGGCUCAGGUGUAUGACACAGUGAUCUUCGACAUGCUGGAGGAUGGCGAGCCCAUGGUGCAGAAGCUCUGGCCGCGGCACAGUGUGCAGAACACCUGGGGCUCCAAGCUCCACCAGGACCUCAAGGUUCCCGAAGAUGCUGUGUUUGUGUACAAGGGAACUGACCCAGACGUUGACUCCUACAGUGCUUUCUGGGAUAACAUAAAAAAGUCACAAUCUUCCUUAAACGAGGAACUGCAAAAGAGGAGUGUCACAGACUUGUUUUUGUGUGGUAUUGGCUAUGAUGUCUGCGUUGCAGCGACAACCAGGCAUGCUAUCGAAGAGGGCUACCGGGCUGUGCUUGUGGAUAACGCAACGAGAGGGGUCUGCGACUCCGACAUCCAGGCUACUAAAGAUCACACCAUUGCUAACAAUGGGCUCAUUGUUCACUCAUCACAGGUAUGGUCAUCCAGUUUUUAA